GCUCCUCAUUUCAGCGGCAAAAUUGCAUCAUGCGUAGAAUCAGGAAUGGUCAAUGUUUGGAGCGAAUCUGGAGAAAGCUGUAAAGAAUGGGAAGCUGGCGAAGGGGUCAAAGUUAUGAGAGGUUCAUCUACACGCAAUGAAUUGCUUACGGGUGGCAUGAAACACUUGUUAAAAACUUGGGACAUUGAGACGGGAAAACGUGUUUGGUCAGCUCGAAACGUCCCUCUGGAUUUCCUUGGCCUAGAGGUGCCCAUAAUGUGUACGGACGCAAGAUUCAUGGACGACAAUGGCACUAUCCUGGAAGCUACAAAACUUCAUGAGCUUCUUGUAAAAGUCUGGUGGAAAUCUCUUAUUUUUGGCGGUCCUAAUUAUCAACAAAAGUGCGGUGUUUCUAUGAUGAGGGUAUAUGAUCCUCGUGCACAGCGACGUCCAGUGAAAAAGAUUCCGUUUAUGGAUGUGCCAAUCACGGCUGUCAGUCGCUGUUACAAGGAUAACCAUGUGUUAGCAGCCAACUCCAUCGGCGAAAUGGGACUGUUUGACUUACGGAGCAAAAUCCAUCCUGUCUGCAAGUACAAAGGUCAAGCCGGUGCUAUUCGUUCCAUAGAUGCACAUCCAACUGCUCCGUAUGUGGCGACCUGUGGCAUUGACAGAUUUGUCCGGGUUCAUGAUAUCGACACAAAGAAGCUUGCUCAUAAAGUAGUCCUGGUGGUUUUGAUUACAGAAAUUGACUACAUAUAUUGCAAAACCCGCUUGAAUCGUGUGCUCAUUACAUCUGAACUGCCAAGCCUUUUGACGGUUUUGGAAGGAAACGAUGAACAGGAGUGGGAAGAGCUGAAGGUUGUUAUUUAUCGCAUUGUAUGUAUCUGUCUUGCUGAAGCUAAGCUGUGA